GAGAUGCUUCAGGACGAAUGUUGGAACAGUGGAUUUAUCUGGGAACUUUUACUUCAAGUGGGUGGAAUGGAGACUGGAUAUUAAAGGGACAGGGGUAGAUAAUGGGCUCGACAGGCUCCAGACCUAGGCUGCAUAAAGUAGCUCCUUGUAACAGGCUGGAAGAAGAAGAGGACCGGAUCAAACCCCAGUGGACCCUCCCUGCCCUGCCGGUCAGCCCUGAGCAGCUGUCUGGAUCUCUGGGACCGAGGAAGACAACCUUACCUCCACUCAAACAGGAAAUAAUACUUUCCACACUCUCAGAACCACAUUUUGCAGGAAACUUCACACCAAAGCAAAGCAACCAUUCAAGCAUCAUUCACUCCCAUCCACCCCGAAGACCCCAGGCACUGCAACCACUGGCUGUUCAAAUUGGCCAACCAUGCACUGCUAGACAAAUUGCAAUGGGGAGGAACUGCAGAGGUGGGGGUGUCCAGCAGUUUUCUACAACCGACCAGAUGGGACGCAACGGCACCGGCCGAAUGACUCAGGACGGGUUCCUGGAAGCCCAGACAGCCCAAAUCCGACAGAAUCAGCGACAUCGUCUAGCCCACCUCAGACAAGCCAGAGAGCAGAGACGACAUAAGGUUGUCUACAAAUUUAAUGAAGGGAUCCAGAGGCGUACACUUGUGAGAAGACCCACAGAGAGGGACAUCUUCUGGGAUGAAACAACAGGUGAACAUCUGGAUCCCAACUGCCUUCUAGACACAGUCUUAACUUAAAGAGGAGGGACAGCCAAGCUAACAGCUCCUGAAAGGAAGAGCAAUGGACUUGAGCUUGUGUAGCACUUCUCAAAGUUACACCACAGGUUGCACUUACCAAUUUGGACUUUCUCACACCUUGAUGGUAGAAGAUCAAACCCCUAACUUUCCAGAUGAGAGAUAAAUGAUAAUAGACUACUGAACAGUAGGAGGAGUAGAAAGUGUUGACAUACAAAGAGAAAGUUGUGUGUGACCUGAGUCUGCAAGGGCUUACAAGAGAGUUCUACAGCUGUCAUUUGAGAUAAAAACACUUUUUUCUACUGUAUCUAGAAAUCUACAGACUAGCAAACAUAAUGUCAAGUUACGCAAAUAAAUCACAUAAUAGCAACUGCAGCAUCCCAGAGUCUGGAGGAAGAUUUAAGAGGCCCAGAAUCCAAGGUGCUUGAAGUCCAGAGUUUUCAGUUUCCACAGCAAAUGAUGAUUUGGGGUGCCAUGCCAACUACUAAUGUUGGCCCUCUGGUCUUUAUCAAGUCAACGCUGUCAGCCAUCUACCAGGAGAUUUUAGAGACCUUCAUGCUACCAUCUGCUGAGAAGCUUUAUGGAGAUACUGAUUUCAUUUUCCAGCAGGACUUGCCUGCCCACAGUGAAGUCAAAACUACCAGAAACUUGUUUGCUCAUCAUGGUAAUACUGUGUUUGAUCGGCCUGUGAACUCACCUGACCUCAAUCCUAUAAAGAAUACUUCAUUUUGUAUGACAUGAAUGUAGAAUAUAUGGAAGUUUCACUUCUUAGUUUAAAUCACAGGAAUAAAAUAACUUUUCCAUGAUAUUCUAAUCUUUUAGAUGCACCUGUAUAAGAGAAAAAUUGAGGUUCUACAAUAUGAUUCGUGGCUGGGGUUAUGAUGCCCUCUAGGGGUAAAAGUGGUGCACUAAAGUCAGAUACCUGCUAUCCAGGCUGAGUCUAAAGCUCUCUUUUCAACAAAAAUCCUCCCUCAAAAAUGUUUCAUAUUAAGUUCAAAUCCUGUAGCACUGAAGCUCCUGGUCCAUUCCUGUGCUAUUAAAAUUAGAACAAAAGACUCCUUCUGUGUCCAAAGAUAUCCUCUUGGUGCAGAAGAUGCAUGCCUCUCGAGGAAUAAUAACAUGAAAACAGGAAAUUGCUAAUUGCACCGUCACUCUUCAAGUGGCCUCCCUGAGGUCGGCUCUUAGCAGGUUUAAAGAGUCUGAGAGGAACUGGACUCAGACCAAACACCUGAGGCCACACUGGUCGACUAAAGCCUGCAUGGUCCUCAGGCACGGCACGUUAGAGGAACAUUGCUUGGAUUGCAUCGCACAGCAAGGGGGCAAACAGGAAUUAAAUGACAAAAGAUUAGCCGGCAGUGGCUAAAUAGAGUAUUUCAAUUGAAGAAAUGAGCAUUAAAGUGUAUUUAAGAAAUGAAAGCAGUCUAACGUCAACUAUAUUAUGCUCACCACUGGGUGUCAUUAUUGGGUUGAGGGACACAGUGAAGCUACCUUACAGUUAAAAGGAAAACACCUACUGUGCUUUAAGAGUUUACUUUAUUUCAUAUAUUUGUAGCUCAUUUUAAGGCUUACAGCUGUGCUGCCUCAUUAUUUAUGAAAUACACAAAGAUGCUUCUACUUUUACAUGUUUAUAUGGUUUUUUAUCAUUAUUGUACAAAAGUGUAAAUUUAUUCCCUGUAUGAGAAAAUUAA